GACCCCAGAAUCCUUCUAUCAGAUGAAAAAUCAGCCAAAUUGGGCUACUGAACUCACAAAUGUUUUUGUUUUUAUUGUUGUUUUUUUUUUGAUAAAAGGUUUUUUUUUUGUGAUCCUCUUCAUUUUUCUUCACCAAUUCCAUUAUCCAAUUUUAUCUAAAAAAAAACAAAAUGACUUUCCAUAACUACACCAGCAUCAACUUCGUCAAUGGCUACAACCCUACCACUCCUGCUGUAAGAGGAAGACCUAGAGUAAACGUACCUGCUCCUGCUCCUGCUGCUGCUCCUGCUCCUGCUCCUUCAACUGAGCCUUCUACCGAGCCUUCUGUUGGUCCUUCUGUUGGUCCUUCUGUUGGUCCUUCUGUUGGUCCUUCUGUUGGUCCUUCUGUUGGUCCUUCUGCUGGUCCUUCUGCUGUACCAUCUGGAUCUGCAAACGAACCCUCUGCUGAAACCACUUCUUCUUCUGGACCUGUUCCUACUAAUGGAUCUGUUCCCACUGCCCAGUCUUCUGCAGCCGCUGGAUCCGUUCCUGCAACUGGAUCAAUGCCAUCCGCUUCUUCUGGACCUAGUUCAGCCGGUUCUUCUGAGCCUUCAUCUUCUGCUCCUUCUGCUGAGAAUAAUCCUGUUGAUGAGCCUUCUCCUCAGGUCAACACCAAUCUCAAUUGGGAUUCUGCGAGCACACAUGUUUUGAUCGAGUUGUUCCCUGAGUACAUUGUAAAAGUCGGUGUUACUCGUACACCUCAAGCAAAGUUAAGUCUGACCAAAGCAACAGAGGAUGCUUUCAAUGCCAAUGGCGCCAUCAACGGUAGAAGAGACAUUGCAGCUAUGAAGACCAGGUGGAACAGCCUUUGCAGUACAUAUCGAACCAGAAGAGAUGCUGCCAAUGCUACUGGAAGUGCUCCUCUUCCUUAUUGGGAAUUUCACGAUUUGAUGGAGCAGGUAACAUCAAGAAUGCCAACGAUGAAUCCACCUGUUUCGUACAGUUCCCAUUCAGGAGAAACUGUGGAUAGCCGAGCACCUAGGCUAAAAAAACUUACUUUAACAGAGUAA